CGGGGGCGGGAGUAGGACACAGCGGCAGGAACGAUCCUACGGCAUAUACACCGGCACGCAUACACGCACGCACGCACCCCGACCCUGUUCUGCAUCUAGACAGCGUCCGGCUCUUCCCCCUCCCCUACUUGAGAUCUGAAGGACGUUGUAAGAGUGGCAUAGCUUUUACUCACGCUUAUAUCCACCCACAUUUUUUCGAAGCAUACCCGUCUCCCUGUCACAGACACAGGCCCCGGUGUUCCGUAUAUACCCACAGCACACACUGCAUCCGACGGUGUAAAGCGAAGAGCAGUCAGCCAGCGAGCAGCCAGCCAGCGAGCAAACAAGCAGACAGCAGACAUCUUACUAAUUCACUCACACCCGUCCACACACGAUGAGCAGCAACUUCUCGAACCUGUCUUCAGCCAUGGCGAUCCAGCAGCCCGGCAACGGCGACUCGUCGCAGCCCAUCAACAUCUCUUUCUCCAGAAACAACUCCCUCUACCAGAACCCCCGGUUGCGCAGGGAAAGUAUAGCCCACUCCCAGGGAGUCGGCGGCGUCUCCUGGGGCUCGGUCGGCAUCAGCUCCUGGUUGCGGGACGAGGUGUUCAUACAGAACCACAACAACAUGCACCAGAACCACCACCAGAGCCAGAACCUGAACCACAGCCAGAACCACAACGCAGGCAUGCAGGGCGGCGGCAACGUCCAGUACCAGCAGCAGAGAAAUCAGUCCAUCAACCUCUUCAACGGCAACUUCAACAACAACAACGCCAUGGACUUGCGCGGCGACAGCAUCAUGAUGUACGACUCCUCCGUCCCUAAUUCGUCGUACUUGGCAGACUUGGAGGCAAACUACUGUAAAGACUAUUCCUGCUGCGGCCAGAUCUUGCCCACCUUGCACGACUUGUUGAGACACUACGAGGAAAUGCACAUCCAGCAGGACCCCACCUCCAUCCAGUUGAAUGGGAUGAACCUCAACACAAACCCAAACAACGUCAACCACAACAACCUGAACUCCUCCUCCGGCCUCGACAGAAUGAGAAUGGCAAAUAACUCGAUAGGCGCAGUCCCAACCAAUGAGGUCUUUCUCAACAACCACUUGAACACAAAGCAGAACUUGAACAACAACAACAAAAAGUUCAGCAUGAACCCUAAGUCCAACAGCAAAAUCUCCAGCUUCAACCUGAACAUGACCUACGACCAGAAUAACAACCACAACUUGCAGAACAAUGAGCUCCAUAAAACUCUCUCCAACUUCAACUUUGGAGAUACCAACCAGGCGAGCCUCAACAAGUUGAACAGUCAGGAGCAGGAAUCAAUGCAGUUUGACUUUUCCACAAACAAUGGCGCAAGCUACUUCCAGAACGACCGUCUGACCAAAGACUUGGAAAAUCAGACAAAAAUGUUCCACGAACAAAUCCAGCACCAACUCAAUAAUCCUCAGAGCGCAUAUGACGGUAACGACCACACAACAAACAAUCUUAAUAACAAUACCUCUAAUAAUUUCAACCUUAAUAACAUGAACAACCUUAAUAACACCCAUCAAUCCAAUGACAACAACUCCCAUGCUGAUCUCAACAACACCAGCAACAAUACCAACACCCAUAACUCCCACGGCACUGGUAUUCCAGGCAACAUCACAAACAACCAUCAGAAAAUCAAAAACACACAGCUUUCAAUGCAUAAAGGAGGAGGAAUACGAACUCACAAUGACGGUGAAAUGGACAUGGACCACGAUACACAGUUCCAAAUGGAUGUUGACGACGCAAACAUGGAUGAUGAUGACAUGGGUCAGGAAGUAUGCAUCGACGAUCCGGCUAGAAGACUUUAUGUCAUCGAACGGAAGGACGAACGUCCUUUCCAGUGUCCCGUUCUCGGCUGUAGCAAGACCUACAAGAACCAAAAUGGUUUGAAGUACCACAGAUUACAUGGCCACCAGAAUCAAACGUUGAGAGAAAACUCGGAUGGAACUCUGUCAGUCAUCAACCCGGAUUCAGAUUCGCCGUACCCGAAUGGAAUGGCCUUCGAAAAAGAUAAGCCUUACAGGUGUGAAGUUUGUGGUAAGCGCUACAAGAAUCUCAACGGCUUGAAGUAUCACAGAGGUCAUACAACGCAUUGAUCCAAUAUCGCAGCAUAGAAUCACACCCUAUCUUACCUUAUCAUAGGUAUGCUAGAAUUCAAAAAGAAUAAAAGCAGUGCAAACUAGCACUCGAAAAAAAAAGUCAUCUUCUUUUCUAUAACCCAAUAGACAGCAUAGUUUCCACGCAAACUAACACCCUUUUACCGCCUACGAUUUUUUCUCAUCACUUUUUCAUGCUAACCCCUAACAAAUGUCUACACCAUCUGUGUAUAGAUCAUUAUAUAAAGCUACGUAUAUAAAUCCAUUUGUAUCUACACCAUUUCCAUUCAUUUAUAUUAUAGUUUGUUUAUUUCCAAUACAUGAUAACACUGCGCUCA